GUUUCACGACACUAGGUCACGGAUCUCUUUACGUGUUUGAGGUCAGAGGUCAAACAGCCGCAGACAUGACAACGUUACGACCCUUCACCUGCGACGAUCUGUUCAAAUUCAACAACAUAAACCUGGAUCCUCUGACAGAAACCUAUGGGAUCCCGUUCUACCUGCAGUACCUCGCUCACUGGCCGGAGUACUUCAUCGUGGCCGAGGCUCCUGGUGGUGAGCUGAUGGGCUACAUCAUGGGGAAGGCGGAGGGAUCUGUGGCUCGGGAGGAGUGGCACGGUCACGUCACCGCCCUGUCGGUCGCUCCAGAGUUCAGACGACUCGGCCUGGCAGCCAAACUGAUGGAGAUGCUGGAGGAGAUCUCCGACAGGAAAGGUGGAUUCUUUGUUGACCUCUUCGUGCGAGUCUCCAACCAAGUGGCGGUGAACAUGUACAAACGUCUGGGCUACAGCGUCUAUCGGACGGUGAUAGAAUAUUACUCCGCGAGCAAUGGAGAACCUGACGAAGACGCUUACGAUAUGAGGAAAGCUCUGUCCAGGGACACGGAGAAGAAGUCGAUCAUCCCGCUGCCACAUCCCGUCAGACCAGAAGACAUCGAAUAACGGUGGAGCGUGGCCCUCUGACGCUCGUCACCCCCCCCCUCCCCCCUCCCCCGCCGACUGGUGGGAGAUCAGGAGGAGCAAGUCAUCUUUUUAGAUUCAGUCCUAAACUCAACGACAUGCGAGCCACAGACUUUAUGUUCAUGAGACCAGAACAAGAUGGAUUGAGUGGUGUGGCGUGAUGUGGUCAGUGGGUUUGAUGCCAGCAGCAGAGUCCUGGAUGGGGUUUAUUUGGAAUACUUGUGAGAACAUUUAAAAAUUAAACUUUAAAUGUGGGCAUGUUGUUGUUCUAUUACUAUUUAUACUGUCAUGAGGGAACCAGGGGAGGGUUGGCACCUUUGACAAAGGUUUGUAGCCCCCUGUUUAAAUCAGAGAAGAAGAGAGGGAGGGUCCUAGAAUGAAACCAAGCUUUUGUUAUCCACUGAUGUGCUGUUGGCUCAAGGGGGUUCCAGGUGGUUCCAGGGGGUUCCAGGUGAUUCCACGGGGUUCCAGGGGGUUCCAGGUGGUUCCACGGGGUUCCAGGUGGUUCCAGGUUGGUCUGGAGACGCUGUGCAGCUUUCAGCAGAUACCUUCUUUAGGAAGAUCGAGUGUUGUCACUUCCUGGUUCCACCUGAAGCUCCAUGUUUGUGUCCCAGGUGGAGGGAGUGUUGUCGGCAGAUUUAUCGAGAUAACUCACGUUUAUGCUUAAGGAUAUCUUCUUGAAAAUAAAUAGUUUUGUGCUUUCCUA